CGGAGGGCAGGGACGCCUCAUAUAAGCUCCUCGGCUGCCGCGGGUAAGCCAGCGGCGAAUCCCGCCGUGCAACGACCCUCUCCUUCGGUAGUAGCGGCUCCCGUCCCGUCCUGCCCCGCCCGGCCAGGGGCGGUGUGCUGUGAGAGGAACCCGCAGCUUCCCCUCCCCGCCGCGGCUGCUUCGUUCCCCUCCACACCCCGCGCCCUCAGCGGGGCGCGGAGGCCAUGUUUCCCCCGGACUCCACCUGGAAUAUUUCCUUCGCCGGCUGCGGCUUCCUGGGGGUCUACCACAUCGGGGUGGCCAGCUGCCUGCAGGAACAUGCCCCCUUCCUCGUCGCCAACGCCCGGAAGGUCUAUGGCGCCUCAGCGGGGGCACUCACCGCCACCGCCCUCGUCAGCGGUGCCUGCCUGGGUGAGGCUGGCGCCAGCAUUAUUCGAGUGUCAAAAGAAGCCCGGAAGAGGUUCUUGGGCCCACUCCACCCAUCUUUCAACUUGGUGAAGAUCAUUCGGAUCUGCCUGUCCAAGACUGUGCCAGAGAAUGGGCAUGAGGUUGCAGCAGGGCGUUUGGGUAUUUCCCUGACACGGGUCUCUGAUGGAGAAAACGUGAUACUGUCUGACUUCAAUUCCAAGGAGGAGCUGAUCCAGGCCUGUGUCUGCAGCACCUUUAUCCCUGUCUACUGUGGGCUGAUACCUCCAACCCUGCGUGGAGUGAGAUAUGUUGAUGGAGGGAUUUCUGACAACUUGCCACGAUAUGAGCUGAAGAACACAAUCACAGUGUCUCCAUUCUCAGGAGAGAGUGAUAUUUGUCCAAGGGAUGGUUCCACAAACAUGCAUGAGCUGAGAGUCACCAAUACAAGCAUCCAGUUCAACCUUCGCAACCUCUACCGCCUCUCAAAGGCCCUGUUUCCUCCAGAGCCACAAGUGCUGCGGGAUAUGUGCAAGCAGGGCUAUCGGGAUGCACUGCACUUUCUGAAGAAGAAUGGUCUCCUUCAUCGUCCAAGUCCUGCCCGUCCUCUCCUUGCCAUAGAAGCCCCCCCAGAAGAGAAAAAAGAGGAGGAAACAGAAGCUGAGGACCAAUUAGAGGACAAUGCUGCCCUUGCUGUUGUUGAAGAGCACAUCUUCGAACACUUGCCUCCCAAACUGAACCAAGCUCUUCUGGAGGCUUGUGCUGAAAGAAGAAGUUUCUUGACUGGUAUCACCAACAUGCUGCCUAUACGUGUGGCCACGGCAAUGAUGGUCCCGUAUAUGCUGCCUCUGGAGUCUGCAGUUUCCUUCACUGUCAGGUUGCUGGAAUGGCUCCCAGAUAUCCCUGAGGAUAUUAGAUGGAUGAGGGAACAGAUGACUGAAAUCUGCAACUAUCUUGUGAAGAAAGCCAAGAAGAAACUGGGCAGCCAUCUUUCAGCCAGGCUUUACUAUCACCUCGAGCUUGGAGGACCCCAGAGCAUGCCAAUUUCUUCCACAUCGGCUUGUAGUGAAGCACUGCCUAUGUGGAUGAGAAGCAACCGUUCCCUGUCUGAUGUCAUGAUGAAGUGGGACGAGUACCAGCGCCAGCUCAUGCUGGGCUUACUCUGCAUCAACGUGGACAUGCAGGCCUCCCUCUUCCCUCGGGAAGGGUUUCAGAUAAAGCUUCCUCCUCUAGACUGUGCAAAAGAGUGCCUGCCACUCUUCUGAGCCUGUUGUCGUGAUGGGAUGCAGGGGGGAUGGGAAGGGGGGGGUGGACGUAGGGUGGGACCAGUCUCAUCCCUCAGCUGCAGGGCUGCCCUGUGCUUAUGAAUAUGCUGCAAAGGGGAUUUCCCUGGGAUGGAGACUGGUGGAAUUCACUGUAGCCAUUUGUUGCCCGCUAGGCCAGGCAAGGGACCUCUGUGUUCAAAGGCACACAUGGGCUUCUACCUUGCUCUAGACUUGUGUUGAGGCCUGGCCAUCGCCUGUGGCCAGGCUGAUGCUGACCCAGCUGGGCUCUCCCAAAUAAUGCACUUUGAAUUGCUAUUGGCUUUUUACUGCCAAAUAAUCAGUACGUAGAUGACGCUCUCAAGUUCAUACAGCUUUUAGCUUCCUUUAUAUUUUAGAGCACGAGUCUUGUUUUUUCUUAAGUCAUCUGAUAUCUCUUAGCUCUUUGUGCUACUGAAAGAUGAAGUAGCCUCUUGCCAAACCGAUUUUUCCUCAUGGCUUCCAAAUCUCCUCUUGACCACCUUCUUUGCUGAAGCCAUGUUCUUUCCUCUGUCCCUUAGCUGCAUCCCCACUGGAAGCCAGAGCUGGCCCUGAUGAAGACUGCACUGGGACUGCAGAAAUGUAGGAAAGUUAUGCAUUUACCCUGAUUUAUGUUGUCAUGGUCUAUCCCUUUUUGAUUUUUGUCCUCAUGGAAUUCCUGCAGCUUGAACUCUGAGUGUUAAGUCAUAGAGCUUAUUUAAAAUAAGUAAUUUAGAUUUUUUUUUUUCCAGGGAAACAUUGAAUUUGAAGCCCUGUUCCUGUCACUGUGAAUUAGUGUGGGGUUGUCCUGGAAAAGUGGACAAGCUCAAGGAAACUAUGUAAAGUGCAUGUAGGAAGGUGAGAUUGUGCAGGGCAUGUUAUUUUUGAGAGGCUUGUGGUGGAUCAUCACAGCAAGUGCUGGGGAAGUGGCUGCCUCUGACUAGGGGUUUGGCUUUGCCCUUUAAGGGACCGUACAACUGAAGGAAAUUCCAGAAGGGAUCUCCUGCCAAGAUGGGGCUUGGCUCUAUCUUUUGCUCAAAGAAUUUGGGUACUGAGGCUUUGGAGUGAGAAGGAUGUAGGCUUGUGGCUAUACCAGCCUCACAGCUUGCCUGUCUCACGUUAUGGCUCACAGGUACAGCUCUCCAGCUGGCAAUAGCAGGAGAAUGAGAAGCAGAAGUCAAGUUAGGAGCGCGGUGCGCAUGCAGCCUGCUUGGAACUGGCUAUGUUUGUCUUGCCCCUUAAAAGACCAGAGCUAGUGGGUCUGUAGCAAGGGUACUGCCUUCUCAGUGGUGGUCUGGCCGUGACUUGCUGUGCAGAAGCAUGAACUCUCUGUUCCUCACAGGGUGAGGUGUGGCUUCUGGUGGGGAUUACACAUACUUAAGCUUAAGUCCUUGCACUAUGACACAAAACCAGCUCCUGGUAUCUUUUUCUGCAGAAUGCCUGAGGCGUCUUCUACCUCUCCUAGCACAAACAGUAUGCAACUGGCCAAAGCAAACACACGCUGUCUUUACUGGGGAGCAGGACAGGGUAUCUGAAGCUGAUUACAUACCCUAUAGGUGGAAUAGUGAUUUAUAAUAGACUUUCUUUUGCACCUUUAAUUUAGGAAGGGAAAAUAACCCCAGAAGUUCCACUGAUAGCUGGAGAAAGCAGUGAAUCUGCUUGAUCGCAUCUGCAUGAGCAGUGUGGGUGAGGUGGUGGGCACUGUUUCCUCCCAGCACAAUUGUGCACUGGGCGUGGGUUUGAGUGUUUGUGGUGGAGGCUGUGGUAAGUAAUAGGUCGUCUUCUGCAGUGGCCAUUGCAAGCUGUGAGGCAAUAGACUGGACAGCUGUGGUGCUAACUGACUGUCCUGGAGAUGCCAGUGCAAAUAUGAACUCGUGAUGUAGGGUAUCACCCCACUGCCCUUCCUGCAUGUAACCUACCUAUGUAACACAAGGGCCCACAUAGCUUAUGAAGUGGGCCUGCACUUAUGCUGUCAGAUUUAGUCUUAAGGUUCACAUAGUUAAUGCAAUUAGGUAUCAGGGAAGUUGCUGCAGGAAGAGAAAAAACUGGAGGAUUCUGAAACCAGAACUGGAAUAUUGGAUUAUAAAACAAGCCAAUCCUGUGAUUGGGUAAAGCCUGCGGAAGAAGCUUACUGCUUAGAUGGAUAUAAAUCUAACUGAAGUGAACGAGCAACAAGCUACUGUCAGUGGGAGCAGAAUGAAUUUGAUGAAAAUUGGAAUUGAGAAAAGGUGUUUAUUUUGUGGUUUGCUGUGGGAUUUAUUUUCUUUCACUGCUUUGGGCUACCUUCUUUGGGGGAAUGGCCCAUGCACACCUGCUUUGUUUGCCAAAUGUGUGUCUCUUGUCUCUAAAGCACACAGAGUAAUUGGCAAGAACACAUAGAUAUUUAGUGGCAAGAAAUGAGGGCAUUUCAUCCAGAAGCAAAAUAUCUGUGAGGUGCAAAGCUGGAUGAGGAAAAUCUUGUGCUUAGAAGCUGCUGCCCUUUUGACUCUGCCUUGUUUGUGUUAAUAUAUGGGUGGAGAAAAUGAUGCAACUAUUUUUUGAUCCCUUCUUCCUGGACUGGUAAAACCACUGAGUGAUUAUGUAAACCACUAAACUAUGGAACAAAAUUCUCUUGGCAACAGAGCACGCUAAGAAAUUGCAGCUUGGCACCCUUAUCCCCUGGAUCUCCUCUGUUCUCCUCUUGCAUCAGAACCAACUGGGCUGGCACCACUGUCUUCCAGUGCUCUGAUCCAGAAGGCUUGCUGGAUCUGGUCCAUGCAUUUCAACAGACUAACUGCUGUGCCUGGUAAAAGGCCUGAGUUUAAUUCUGUUUCACCUCAUUUGUCGUUUAUUAUAUUAACCUCUCAAAGAGAAGCUUUUGUACACAUCAAACUGUAACCACAACCAAAGCCUGGCUUUAAAUAUAAAGGUCUAACUCUUCAGGGAGGAAACUCCUGUUUUCCCUAGGCUAAUUUGCAGGGUGUGAACGGAUACUGGGAAAGCACCACUCCAUAUUAACGCUUUCUUUACCUGUGUUUAUUCCCCGAGUGAUGCAAUAGCUGUUGUGUGAUAGCUUGUUGGCUUUAUAGAUUUAAGCUCUGAUAAAGGAACUGCAGAUCUGUCAAAAAUACCCCAAACUACCCUCCUCUUCCUUAAGAGAAGUUUCAUGCAUUUGCUUGAAAUUAUUGCUGCUCGUGCAUCACAGAUUGCAAAGGAUGAAGCAAGUAGGGAAGAUCAUCUGACCCGCUGAUGCAGAAAAGGGGCUGGGGAUGCUUUUGAAGAAUACUUUUUCGUUAUGCAGAGCUGCCUUGUCUAGAUCAGACUCCACUUCUUUGAAACCCCUGGAAACCUCAUGAUGGGCUCUGGGUUGGACCUGGAGGGGUUUAUUGUGAUAGUGCUAACUGGAAUUCUUCACGCCUUUGUAUGUGUGCCUCAUGGCAUGCGUUAUCUUCUGGGCAGCAGCUGCUGAUUAACCUACACUUGUCAAGUUCAUAGGACCAAGGUAAUCAUCUGUAGCAGUCAGUCCCUUCUUCAGCAAACUGUGUGGCUGGGAAGCCCAGCGGGUAGUUGCCAGGGCCUGUCUGCUCUCCAGUAUAUGGUGGCUGAGAGGUCAGGUUCCUGGACCAAAAGUUCAUCUUGCAGUCCACGUCCCAUUGUCCCUACAGCAUUCACUUGAAUUCUGCAAGAGUCCCAAUCCGUGCUGUUUCCACUGUUUCAUGUAAAGGGUCUGGGCAUUCAGGAAUCCACUUUUUUUUUUUCCCCUCCUUCCUGUGACACAGAUACUACUUGCUGCUUUUAACAAGGCUAAGGUGAACUUUCUGUGCAUCUAAUCAGCCCCUAACCUGUACAACACUGUAGAGCUGUUUUGUGUUGCGUACAACAGUCUGUGGCUUCCAGGGCACACCAUAGAUACAAUGUGUGUGGUAUGUUGGGUUUGGUUUGCUGCCUGCCCUACUCUUAAUACCAUUGCAAGCUGAUUUUUCAAGGGGUAGGAGAAAAUAUUUCACUUCUGACCACUGUCUGUAGGACCUAGGAGUUGUUUUCUCAUGACUUCUUGGAGGGCUGUGUAUCUGCAACACUCAGACCAGAGAAUAAAAGAGGAUCUGCUGUCUGCCAGCACUGGGGUGUCCCUAGUACUUAUUGUACAUUCCCCAGUGGUUUUGUCCAUUUAAAAAAAUUAAUCUAGUAAUUCCCUCCUCCUGAGAGAAGAGCUUUCACUUUAGCCAAAGUGAUUGUGGGAGAAAUAGCUGAACCUCCACGUGUGUGUUUCCCUUAGGGGUCCAUUUCUGCUAAACGUGUGCUAGAUGUGGUGGGCGGCAGGGCUGAGUGUUGCCAAAGUCAGAGGGCCUUGCCAGCAGUUUUUUCACGCUUUGUUUCCAUCUUCCCCUUAAAUCAAUGAGAGGAUGGACCACCUCACCUGGCUGCCACGUCAGCCAGUUCAUUUGUGCCAAACACACCCUGUGCCUUUACCAUGGGCUCUGCCCUGCCUGCCCUGUGUCCCCACAGUGUCUACCUUUCUGAAUGCCGCAGUACUUGUCCCCCUCCUCUCCCUCCUUCCCCUUGCCUACUGGUGGGACGUUGCUCUGUUCCCAAUCUGCAGGCAGCUCCACUAGGACAAGCUCUAGCUGCUUCCAUCUUGCUGUGUGGAUCCACAGCAGCCUUCCUGUACAGGAAGGGGAAACCUCUAGUUCCAAGCAGAAGACUUAAAUGUAAUAUUGAAGUAAAAACCUUUUUCUUCUGGGGUUUUCUCUUGCUCUGGAAAACAGCUUCUAAAGCAGCUGUUUGAGUUAAAUAUGUCCUGGGACUCUGCUGCUGUCACCGAGUUUGAGAAGACCCUUAAGCACACAAUGCGCGUGGAGAUCCUGUGGAAAUCACUGAUGUCAGAGCAGCAACUAGAGCAGCGACAGCAUAUGCAAGUCAUGUAUUUGCUCGACAAUGUCACUAAGCAGUGUUCACCGUCACUUUAACAGUUCAGUAUUAAAUUGUUGAUGCUUUUUUUUUCUCCUGUUUCCCUUUUCUAAUGUUUUGCUGAAGAAAAGGUAACUAUUUAUUUUGGCAGAAAUAUACCUUCUAAUAAAAACUUUCUCAAUAUAUUUACCUGGCUGUGGUAGGUUGCUUGCCUUGCCAUUUAAAGCUUUAUUAAAUAUUUUUUGAAUGCA